AUGUCACAGCCCAGCGCGCCCCCCCCCUACGAUGACAAGAACCCCCUCAACCCUCCACCCCCGGCAGGGUACCCCCACCCCCCCCACUACGCCGGGGGGUACCCACAGCCCGGGGGAUACCCUGCCGCAGGGGGGUACGCUCAGCCCGGGGGGUACCCAGUAGCAGGGGGUGAUGAUGGCAUCGGGGAUGGCUCCCCCUUCCAAUCGGCUGACUGGGACGACAAGAAAGUCCGGCACACCUUCAUCCGCAAGGUCUACGCCAUCAUCUCCCUACAGCUGUUGGUGACGGUGGGGAUCGUCGCCGUUUUCACCUUUGUCUCCCCCGUCCGCUCCUUCGUCCAGAGGAAUGUUGCCAUCUACUACGCCUCAUACGCUGUGUUCCUGGUGACCUACCUGGUGCUGGCCUGCUGCCAGGGCCCCCGGAGACGCUUCCCAUGGAACAUCAUCCUGCUGACCCUCUUUACGCUGGCCAUGGGGCUGAUGACGGGGACGAUCGCCAGCACGUACCGGACCAACGCCGUCCUGAUCGCCAUGCUCAUCACUGCCAUUGUGGCCAUCAUCGUCACCAUCUUCUGCUUCCAGACCAAGGUUGAUUUUACAUCGUGUCCGGGGCUCUUCUGCGUGCUGGGCAUCGUGGUCAUGGUGACCGGGAUUGUCACUGCCAUCGUCCUCUCCUUCAAAUAUGUCCCCUGGCUCCACAUGCUGUAUGCGGCCAUUGGCGCCAUCGCCUUCACCCUGUUCCUUGCCUAUGACACACAACUUGUGCUGGGGAACAGGAAGAACACGCUGAGCCCCGAGGAGUACGUCUAUGGUGCCCUCACCAUCUACACUGACAUCAUCUACAUCUUCACCUUCAUCCUGCAGAUUGUGGGUCGGGAUUAG